AUUUUGCAUUGGGAUCGACAUCCGAUAUGUCAUUCGGAAGAAAUUAACCACCCUAAAAAUGAUAAAUACACCGCACAUGGAUUCUGGCUGUAGGUCAACUAAUUUUCAACGACUCUAAAAAAUUAAUGGUUUGACUGAUUCUGUAAAUUCAUUCUCUGCAAACAGAAGGGUACUCAUGCACCGAUGGCAGCUAACACCUACUGAUUUUAUUAGAUUGAAUGUACAUGUAGGACACGUGGUCCGACACUGUGACAAAAAGGCAGGGCUUCACAUUGUCUACUCAAACCGUAACAUCUCAUACUUCAAGAUGAUUGCAAAUUGUGUUAUGUUUAUCCUGCAAUAAUCCAUUACUAAACAAGCAUGUCCUGUCAGCAAAGAUUACCAGGACACUUUUUUCAGCACACGAAUAAUGGCACCUGUGAUUCCUCCCCGUCUUUGCAGUUCGAAUGGAUUCGAAUUGCUUCUUUUCACAAUUCCCAGACGGUGCAUUAGUCAGCACACUUCGGCUAGCAAGAUGUGGAUAUUACUAUACCGGACAAGGCAGGGAGUGUCGCUGCUAUUUCUGUGGUUCUACACACUCUGACUGGAGCUGCGAAAUAAGUCACGAGCCUGAUUGUGCUCAGGGAAUGGACUAUAGAAAUACACCAGUCCCUCGAGAAGAGCCUCCCAUGAGCACAAGCCAACUGUCUGGUGGAUUAAUCAUUGAAGAGGUCCCGGAGAAUCAGUUUGAGACACCAGGGAGUCCACUCACUCAUGGUAAUCAACAUCCACCGCACAUAAAUGAGGAUUCCUUUACAAGCGGUGUCCCAGUCAGUAUAAGCAGAUCAGUUCUCCAGAGCAGCACAUUCCAUAGAUUUACUGAUAGGUUAAGUACAUUCACGUACUGGCCUUCACAGAUUGCACAGCGUCCAGUAGAGAUGUCAUCUGCUGGAUUUUACUACACUGGUGUAGGUGAUAGAGUUAGGUGCGCAUUUUGUGGAGGAGAAUUGGGUAAAUGGGAAUCAACAGACAUACCUUUUCAUGAACAUUUACGAUGGUUUCCUGAUUGUCCGUUCAUUAAGGAAUGUUUUCAGGAGUACAUUCCUUCAGUACACGAAUCACCUAGAGACGGAUCUGCCAUCGUUUCUACGGAAAUCAGGAGGAAAGUAGUGCAAUUUGGAUUUAAUAUAUCCGAUGUGAACAAUGCAGUUGAUGACCUCAUCCGACAUAUUCGUUUGCAAGAAAUCACUGCCUUGGAGAUUAUGAAGUAUUUAUUCAAAGAUGGUGCUGUUGAAUUUCCCGAUUGUGACAUUAUUGGACCCUGUGUAGUCUGUGCCAGGGAGAACCGAUGUACCCUAUUCUUUCCCUGUACUCACAUCUGUUGCUGCCGUAGAUGUGGAGAGAGGUGUUGCUUAUGUCCAUUUUGUAGGACCAGAAUAAAGGCGAGAGUCCGAACAUACAUCUGAAGAUAUACCACCCGUCCCUGUGUGUAUAAUAUGAAAGUCAAAUGUUGAUGUGGAAGAGUCGUCCUCUUCUCCUUUGAAGUGUUCUACAGUGACAAGAUUGUUACCAUGAUUCAAACCAUACCUCAUCGGUGAUGAAUAUAAACUGACUUUGUUACGUUUACGAAAUUCUAUGUGUUCGUAUUUAUUUUAUCAGAAGUAAUACAUAUCUGAUUUUUAACAUUAUCAGUUCAUGAAAUGGUUUAUCAAUGUUGAUAUGUUUUUGUUAAAUAUGUGCAAUAAAUUUUUACUAUACAUGCA